GCGGGGUUGGAGGACUUGAGAAGGAGCGAAGAUGGCGGAGUGAGGCCCUUUGCGGCCAACUGGCCUCUGGGCCGGGGGCGACGGGCCCCCGGGAGGCCGAGUGCAUCUGUUGGACUGUGUGAGGUUCUUUAUUGCGGGAAGGACAUUUUCCUUGACCUUUAGGUGCUUUUAUCUUCAUCUUGAAAACAAAAUUCUGAACUCAGGACUUGGCAAGUGUUAGAGUAGGAACAAUCAAGAAUGCCUGAUCUGCCCUACCCCUGCCAAUCCUCUUCCCAGAGAAGACCCCAAGAGAGGUUCAAGGAACAACAAGUAGAAAAUAAGGCGGACAAGUUGUUAAAAGCCCUGAAAGCCCACCUUAAACACGAAGCAAGAAAAGAAAAUGAGAAUCAGAAUGAAAGUCAAACUUCUGCAUCCUCUUGUGAUGAGAAUGAGAUACAGAUUAGCAGCCAGGAACAAGCUGAGAGAGAGCUGGUUAGCCAUGUCACCAAAACGAGGAGAAGGCACAAGGCAGUCCAUGGGAACCCUGACUCCCAGGUAAACAAUCAAGAAAAGCAGGAAAACGAGGAUCUCAGAACGACUACAACAGUUCCUUCUCUUCCAGAUGAGAGCCAAGAAGAUGAGAGUGCAGUUUCCUCAGGAAAAAGUGGAAUAAAUGAUUUAGGCAAUAAAAACUUAAAGGUACCCUCUGAAAAAAAGAAGUCUCUCUAUGCAGAUGGAUUUUCCAAACCUGGAAAAAAGAAAAGAAUUGCAACCACUACUCCAAACUUUAAGAAGUUUCAUGAGGCUCGUUUUAAGGAGAUGGAGUCCAUUGAUCAAUAUAUUGAAAGAAAAAAGAAACAUUUUGAAGAACACAAUUUGUUUAAUGAACUGAAGAAGCAUGCUGUCGAUAAGGGAGGAGUAGUGACUCCAGUUCCUCUAAGAGGAAGACUUUCCGUGGCUUAUACUCCCAUCAGCCAGCAGCGCUCACAAGGCAGGUCUCGCAGCCCUGCAAGGCAGAGCACCCUGAGUCUCAAGGGGUCAGUCAAGCGCUCUGCUCUCUCUGCAACUAAAAUAAGUGUCAGGUUUUCAGCUGCUACUAAAGAUAAUGAGCAUAAGCGUUCACUGACCAAGACUCCCGCCAGAAAGUCUCCACAUGUGACCAUAUCUGGAAGUACCCCAAAAGGCCAAGCUGUGCUCAGGACACACAAGUUAAAGACUACCAAGGGGAAUUCUGCUACUGUUAUUUCCCCAUUCAUGUUGACAACUACAGCAACACAGACUCCAGUCUCCAAUAAGAAACCAGUAUUUGAUCUCAAAGCAAGUUUGUCUCGUCCCCUCAACUAUGAGCCUCACAAAGGAAAGCUGAAACCAUGGGGGCAAUCUAAAGAAAAUAAUUCUCUGAAUGAACAUGUAAAUAGAGUUAGUUUCCAUAAGAAAACUUACAAACAACCUCAUCUCCAGACCAGGGAAGAGCAACGGAAAAAACACGAGGAAGAACGAAAGGAGAAGAAAGCAAAGGUCUUGGGAGCUCGAAGGGGCCUCAUUAUGGCUGAAGAUUAAUAAUUUCUUAACAUCCUGUAAAUACUACUUUAUUCUGAACCCUUUUUCCUUCUGUAAAUAUUUUUAUACUGUCUUCCCCACUUCAGUCAGAUCUUUUUCUGCUGUUGACUUUGUUCAUGAUCUGUGUAGUAUCCUUGCUUCCUUCGUGUGCCACAUCUCUGAAAAGACAUUAUCACCUUAAAGCUCACAAAUUCUUUGAAAUGGUUUUUACGUAAGUCCCUAUACAAUUCAGUUUUCUAAUUAGACCCAUCUUAGAGGUUUUUAACCUAGAUUUUUUAAUGUCAAGUUCCCUGUGCUGGUUCUAAUAUUAACAACUGCAGCCCUCUUCUAGGCUAAAUGGCAUUUACCUGAUGGCAGCUUAGUUAUAUCAUAAGUUUUGGUAGAACUUGAAUAAGAGGAAUAGGGUAAGCCAGGAUAGAAAGGCCACCUCUUCAUCCUCUAGAGAAUCUAGUAAUCUUAAUAAAAAUGAUUUGGUUAUGGCAUCCAUGUUUUACCUACGUGAAAAAUGUUUUGUUUUGCUUAUGCUUAUAUGCAUCUUUGUUCACAUUACUUCAUGUAAUUGUCAUCUGUCACUAUAUUUUUAAAAACAAAGCUCUACAGCUCACUGUAGCUUUGCUUAUUUAAAAAUAAAAACUGCAGGGCCCUAUCAAAAUUUGAGGAUUACUGCUUUAAGGAUUACUAUGCUCUAUCAAAUUUACACCUUAUUCAUUUUAUGGAAAAGACUAGUUGCUUAGCAUCAUAUCCAUGUUCACUGCACCUAAGUAGAGCUUCUCAGUUUUGUACUACUCAAGAUUUUCAUAAAUAAAAUUUUUUCUCCGUG